UUGCCCAUUUCACAAUUCAGUUUGGAAAUUGGAAUUUAUUAUUUAUUUUCAUUUUUUUUUGUGUUUUUUUUUUUUCAACGAAAACACAUUAAGAAUUUCCCAUCCGUUACAUUUCGCCAUUUUCGUCGAAAUUAUGAAUUAUAAUAAAUACAAAAAUCCAGUCUUGAGACAUUCAACACUCUCUACAAUACACUUCCUGGCCGAACCCUUUGAAGUUGAACAGGAAAUUAAGGAAGAAAUCACACAGGACAACACCUUUCAUAAGCACAAAGUAUUUGCGGUUUAUCAUAUAAUGAUGCUGCUUUUGAGUAGCAUUGAACUGCGUUUAUUUGUUCUGGAUGUGAAAACACCGUUACACAUAGCUGUUGUUAUGCCACAUAACAUAUUUAUGUGGACAAAGGAUGCUUGGAGUGAGCGUUUCCAAUAUGGCAGCGCUUGGAUUAGGCAAUUGCCUGGUCUAGUGAGUAACGCUUGGUUGGAACAGCGCAAGGAGCAGGUGUCUUUGAGACAACUCAAAGACCUUAUACUCUCCCUGCUGGUCUCCUAUAUCGAUAAGAAGCGGAAGGAGGAUGCAUAUAAAAUGUUGAUUUCCGUACAAGAAUAUCAGAACCUCGAAGAGACCCUAUCAGAGGAAUUAGAAGAGCAAACAAGCAGAUUUAAAAAUAUAAAGCAUGAAAAGAAAGCCUUCGACCAAUGCGUUCAAAGUAUACUGAGAAUAAGGCAAAUUUAUGCGAGAAAAAAACUCGAACAAAUUCUAAUUCUAAAAAUGAAAGAACGCUACAAUACAGGCUACAAUGAGGCCACAGAGAAACAAGCCACACUUGAAUGUGUUUGUGCAGAGAACAAGCUCAGCAAACAAAUCGAGAAUACCAAGAAAAGCAUAGAAAGCGAUGAUUAUAUAUCAGUUUGUAGAAGAGAUGUUUAUCACAACAACAUAGAGAUCUUACACAGGAAAAUCGAUGAAUUGCAAGGACGUUUUGCCAAUGAGCAAAUGAAAUUAAAUAAUCAAAGUCAACUCUUACGUAAUAAAUUGCAUAAAAUGAAGACGAACACGACAUACUUCAAAGAGAGACUGCAACUCUACAGAGCGGCUGUUGGUGAAUUUCAGGCAGGGAAAAUCAACGAUUUUCGUGUGUUGAGAAAUAAGCUGGAAGCGCUCGCAAAUAAGAAGGCACUUUUAAUCGCCGAUAAAACGCUUGAUCCCAACUUUGUGGUAAAACGAGAAAAAUCACUAUUUCGGUUUGGAGGAUCGGCAAGUCGAAUAUCUAAAAAUAUGAGCAACUAAAAUGCAAAAAAGUGUGCACAAAAAAGUUUUAACCACAUUAAAUAAAAAGAAAGCAGAAAAAAUU